UUGGUGAUUACUAGUGCGUUUACUCUCCUGAGUUCAAUGGACGAAGAUGAAAUUUUAAUAAUGUAUUUCUUUUUGAAAAGAAGGAAAAUGAAGCAAGCAAUGAAAAGAAAGUACUGGGUACAUCCAAUGUUAAUGAAAAGAAUUCCAUUAGGAUUAUGUCAGAGUUAUAUAGAAGAAUUAAAAAGUGAUGAUGGAAAGUUUUAUGAGUAUUUAAGAAUGACUGUCACCACCUUUGAUAGCCUACUGGUACGACUUGCAGACAAUCUUAGAAGAGAAAACACACAUUUCAGAAAUUGUAUAAGUGCCGAAGAAAGACUAGUGAUAACUUUAAGAUAUUUGGCGUCGGGAUGUUCGUUUAAACAACUGCAUUAUAAUUUUAGAGUGGGAAUGUCAACCAUCAGCAAAAUAAUCAAAGAAACGUGUUCUGUUAUUUGGAGCGUAUUAAGUGCAGAAUAUUUAAAGUUGCCCAAUACCGAAGAAGAAUGGAAAGCGAUCGCUGAAGCUUUUAAAACGAAAGCAAAUUUUCCUCAUUGCCUCGGUGCGCUGGACGGCAAGCACAUAAGGAUUACAAAGCCAAUAAAUAGUGGUUCUAUGUUUUUUAACUAUAAGGAUUAUUUUUCUUUUAUUUUAUUUGCAAUUGUUGAUUCAGAAUACCGUUUCAUUUACGUUAGUAUUGGUUCAUACGGAAAAGAGUGUGAUUCAUCUAUCCUAAAACAAUCCAAUUUUUGGAAGAAACUAAAUGAUGGUACUUUAAAUAUACCAAGACCCACGCCAUUACACGAAAAUAUGCAAGAAGAAAUACCAUAUGUAUUUGUUGGAGACGAAGCCUUUACAUUGUCACAAAAUUUAUUGCGACCUUAUGGCGGUACUCAUUUAGACAAUAAGAAAAAGAUAUUUAAUUACCGUCUAAGCCGCGCGAGAAGAUAUGUUGAAUGCACUUUUGGUAUCUUAUCCAAUAAAUGGAGGAUCUUGCAUAGACCAUUGGAUGUAUGUGCAGAAACAGCUAUUGAAGUUGUAAAGGCUUCUACGGAGUCUGACAAGUUCUAA